GAGGAGAUGAACAAAUUCAGAAAAGGACACAGAUGGAAUCUUGAAAUAGGAAAAAAUAUUCAAAGUAAAAAUCAUGGUGGUUACAAAACUUGCAGAAAUGGCUUGGAACUUGAGGCUGGCAAGAAAGCCACCUGGGGCCAGUUUGGCAAUGUAUUCUUCACCUCCCAGGGCGACCAAGAGUGUGGGAAGAGGAAGCAGCCCUGAAUGAAUCCUCCCACCCCAAUAGCUCUCUGACAGAAAGGAAUAGUAUCUGGGAGGCAGAUCAUCAGAAUCCAUCAGAGCACUUUACGAAAAUGGAGAGGAUGUGUGCAGAAGGGCAGAUGGGGGCACCCCCAAAGUUCCUGCUGAAGCCAAUUCAAGGUUUGAGUGACGGAAGGGUUCAGUCCAUGGGUGGAGGAGCCUGGUGACUGCACCUUAGUGAAACCCACCUUACCCUGGGGGUGAGCAACCUUGGCAUUCCCUCCCCAGAAGGCCGAGAAAUCUCCCUGGUUCCUGGGAGGUUCUGAGGGGUCACUGGAGCCCUCCAGAAAGCUUGUGUCCCUGGAGGUAUGCACCUCAGGGAGGAGCAGGGGGGAUCUAGGAAAGGCCACUGCUUGAGGGACUGAGCACAAAGUCCCUGAUGGAGUAGAUGGACAGAUGGGUUGCAAAAGAAGCCCCAGGCCGGAUGCCUAGGUUUCUGGGAGGACACCUAGCUGAGUAGUGCAUGUGGUUAGAGGAGAAAGCAGGUAAGCUGGAUCCUGGAGAGUUUUGUAUGGGAGUGGGGCUGGCAGGGGAUCUGGAUAUCAGAGAUUACAAGGAGUGAGGAACGGGGAAUCUGGAACCCUGGGCAGGUUAGAAGAGUGGGUCUUGGAUGUGGGGAAGAAUCUGAAGGUGGAGACAUGGGUCUUUGAGAAAUAGAGCAAGAACCCUGUCACAGGAGAGGGGGGCACAGGAGAGCUGAGCCAGUUAGGCCUGGGGGGUUCAUGGGAUCUUAAGUAGUGGGUAGUGUAGGACAGUGGCUGGGGCAGGGUGUAAAAGUCCUGACCAGGUGAACCAGGUCUUUGGGGGCCCCCAGGUGCUCACCUGAGACCCAGCAGAGCAGAGAAGACAAGGUGAUCAGUAGAAGGCCUUUCAUGGUGAGGGUCCCGAGAAUGGUAGCAACAGCAGCAGCCGACAGAGCAGAAUUUCAGGGAUCGGUCUCUGGGAGUUGAGUGGCCUUUUUGGAAUUUAUAAUGGCAACAGUCCCUCCCUCCCUGGCUUCUGGUGGCCCCUCCUUCCCCAUUUAGGGAGGCGCUAAGCAGGACCCAGCGGGGGAGUGGGAAUGAGGAUGGGAGAGAGAGGUGGGGAGGGUAGGUGCGCUAGUGGCCAACUCCAUUUUUGUUCUUGGUUUCAGUCCAAGACACACCCUCCUGGCCACUGGGAGUAACAUCCCUGUCUGCCCAGUCCUCUGAAGAAGUAUCACCAAAGGCCCCUGUGAUGUUACAGUGGCUGUGGUGGUGGCAUUAUCUGCUGGUUCCUGGGAAAUGGACAAUGGGAUGUGGCCCAAGCUGACUGCCAAAUUUUGGUCCCUGGGGGGCAUUGGUAGGGGCAUGUGGGCAGACAUGGAGCACCAAAUUAAUCUCAAUUCAGCUCCCACUUAGUUUUCCCAACCCCUGCUCAGCCACAGGAUGAAGUAGGGUUUGUGAUGUCACCAAGAGCUUCUGUGAUGUCAUAGCAGCAGAGGCAUGGGCUGGAGUUGCUUGUUACGGAGGGGCUGCCUCAGGCCCCCUGAAGCUUUUCAGGACCUGGCCCUGGCUCCACCUGGGCUUGGCCUGGCCUUGGUUGCUCCAGCACAGUGGGGGUUGAUGAAGUCCUGGGUGUGGGGCUGUGCACCUGCUCCAAAGCACCUCCCCAAUCAAAACCUGCCAAUUUGGGUGCGGCAUCUUGGGCCGGGAGGGACAGCGUGGGCACAGAGAGGUGAGCUAGGAGCUAAAAUAAGAAUAGAAAUAGUAAUAAUGGCAAGUGCAUAGUGCUCCCAUGUCUCAGCCAUUGUUCUAGGCAUUUCCUGUACUACUUUAGUUCUCACAAUACUCUACGAGGUAGGUGCUUUUAUCCCCAUUUUACAGACAAGCAAACAGGCCCAGAGAAGUUAAGCGACUUGCGCACAUCAUGCAGCUAGUAGAUGGUGAAGUGGAGAUUUGGAUUCAGACAGCCAAGAUCCAGAAAUUGUGGUGCUCCCGGCCACUGCUGCACUCCCAGAGUGGAAGUCUGCGAUAGAGAGCGUGUAAAGGGCCCCAUCAUGAAUUCUAACCAUGGCCCUGGUUCUGCAGCUGCUGCCUCUGCUGCUGUCGAGGGCCCAGGGGAACCCCGGGGCUUCACUGGACGGCCGCCCUGGGGACCGGGUGACUCUCUCCUGUGUAGGGGUCUCGCAACCCACCCGUUGGGCCUGGGCACCUAGAUUCCCGGCCUGCAAAGGCCUGUCCAAAGGACGCCGCCCUAUCUUGUUGGCCUCACCGAGCGGGACCCCCACCGUGUCUCCCGCCCAGCCCUUUGCUGGCCGCCUACGCGCCCUGGACCUUGAUAUCCGGCGGCUGGAGCUGCUCCUGAGCGCGGGGGACUCCGGCACCUUUAUCUGCAAGGGCCGCCAGGAGAACGAGAGCCGUACAGAGCUUCAAGUGAUGGGGGACAGGGCCUAUUGCGGAGCUCCCGGGCCUACCUAUGGGCCCGUGUAUCCCCAGAUUCUGAUCCCGCUGCUGGGCGCUGGGCUGGUGCUGGGACUCGGAGUAUUGGGCUGGGCCUGUUGGCUGCGCAGGCGCUUGCCCCCUCACCCGCCUCGACCACCCCCCAGAUUUGUUCCGCUCGUGAAAGUGGAGCCUCAGAGGCCAGCAGAGGAGGAAGACCCCAAGAUUGCAGGGGACCUGGACCAGGAGCCGAGCCUGCUCUACGCAGACCUGGAUCAUAUGGCCCUCAGAAGUUCCUGCCGACUGUCCCCAGUGGUCCCUACUGAUACCUCCACCACCUAUGCGGUUGUAGUUCGAAAGGAAGCCCUUACUCAAACCUCACAAGCCGGGGGCUCCCAGCUUUCCAUAACACCCCUCCCCUUCUUGGCCCUUCACCUGGAGAAGGAAGGCACCAUGGGAUAGAAAUGAGCGCUAGACUGGGAGUCAGGAGACCUAGCAUCCAGGGUAUCUCUGCUGUUGAUCUUGGUCCUUCCUUAGCCCCAUCUCUCACACAGCUUUCAGGUAUCCUUCACCACUGAUGUCCUUUCUAACCCUGAUCAAGCCCUGCCUCCCCAUCUUAAGACAUCAACAGCUCCUGUUGUUGCCCUAUCUCUUCCCUUCUCUCCACAGUCAAGCUCUUUGAACCAUGAGCCUAUACCUGUCUCUUCCAUUUUUUUCUUCACUCCACUCCAACCGCUCACCUGCUCUCCAUGAGAUUACCAGUGAUGUCCUAAUAACCACACCCACUAGACAUUUUUUAGCAUUCAUCUGGCUUGGCCUUCGAUUGCUCUUAUUUAAGCUGUUUUUCUUUUUUCUUUUUGUAAUUAAUUAAUUUUUUUGGUUGCUUUUGGUCUUUGUUGCUGCACGUGGGCUUUCCCUAGUUGUGGUGAGCAGGGGCUACUCUUCAAUGUGGUGAGCGGGCUUUUCAGUGUGGUGGCUUCUCUUGUUGCAGAGCACAGGCUCUAGGCACUCGGGCUUCAGUAAUUGUGGCAUGUGGGCUCAGUAGUUGUGGCUCACAGGCUCUAGAGCACAGGCUCAGUAGUUGUGGAACAUGGGCUUAGUUGCAUAUGAGAUCUUCCCAGACCAGGAGAUUGAACCCAUGUCCCCUGCAUUGGCAGGCGGAUUCUUAACCACUGUGCCACUACGGACGUCCCAGCUCUGUUUU